UUAAUAUUCACGCAUGCGUCAAUGCUGAAACACGAGAUCUGUAUUCAAAAGCAAUCUUACAUAAAAAAUGGGUGACGAAGAAAGCCUUCUGUUAAGGUAUCCACCUCCACCUGCAAAAGGAUAUAGGCCAAGAUGUUUCUUUGAUAUUCAAAUAAACAAAGUGUCAGCUGGCAGAAUUGUGUUUGAAUUGUUUGCAGAUAUAUGUCCAAAAACCUGUGAAAAUUUUAGAGCACUUUGUACAGGUGAGAAAGGUGAUGGGAAAACUACAUUAAAACCCCUUCAUUACAAAAAUACCAUCAUUCAUAGAGUUGUUAAAGGAUUUGUUAUUCAAGGAGGAGACUUUAGCUCUGGUAAUGGUACUGGUGGAGAAUCUAUUUAUGGUGGAACCUUUAAAGAUGAGAAUUUUGAGAUAUUGCAUAACCGGCCGUACCUUCUUUCAAUGGCUAACCGUGGUCCAAACACAAAUGGAUCGCAAUUUUUUAUACUUUUGGCUCCUGCACCGCACUUGGACAACUUGCACACUGUUUUUGGGCAUGUGUUAUCUGGCAACGAGUUGAUUCGUGAAAUUGAAAGUCAAAAAACAAACAAUAACCACAAGCCUUACGCCGAUAUAACAAUCUUCCACUGUGGUGAACUAAUUAAAAAAUCAAAAACCAGUUCCAAGUCAGUCAAGAAAGUUGUUCAAAGGCAUACUUCGAGUAGUUCAUCCAGUUCUUCAGGCAGUGAAGAAGAAAAGAAGAAAACGAAGUCUAUUUCAGCAACUAUCACUAGUGAGAAACCUAAUAGUGCUAGUGAAGUUCGUGAUCCAAAGGAGUUGGUUUUAAAAGAAAAUGGACAAAUGGAUUUGAAUUAUGUUCCUGCUGUUCCAAAUUCCUUUCUUUUGAGGCGAAGCAAAACACCUUCUCCUGUAAGAGAGCGCAGAGAGAAAGAAGGACUCCAUUCAAGACAAAAUAAUCUUCAGCUUCGUACUCGGAUUAAUAUGGUUUCUAAAUCUGGUAAAAAAUUAAGAGGACGCGGUGUAAUGCGUUAUCGAACACCAACACCUUCUUCAGAAAGUUCGGAUGCUGACGAUCCAAAAAAGAGUUCUCGUAUAAAUGAUAAGCACAAUAGAAAAGGUUCAUCCUCCCCACAAAAAGAUAAAAGAGAAACACCUGCUAGAAAUAAGUCUCGUAGCCCUGAUCAUAUUAGAAAAAAGACUCUUACUUCCAAAAGUUCAGAAAUGAAAAGGUCAAGAAGCCCUGACGCGAAGACCAAGAAUGCGGAAAUUAAAUCAAUCAGUCCUAGCAAAAAACAUUCACCUAGUCCUGCGAGAACUCGAUCACCUACUCGAAAAAGAUCAAGUCCAUCAAGAAAAUCAUCUCGCAGCCCUCGUAGGCGUUCUACAAGUCCAAGAAGAAGGCGUUCACCGAUUCGCGAACGUAGAUCGCCUAGAAGACGUUCGUCGUCUCGUAGUCGAAGACGUUUUUCAUCACGUGAAAGAAGACCUUCGCGUUCUCCGCGUCGGCGUCCGCGUUCAAGAUCGCGUAAUAGAUAUCGCUAUAGGCGUUCUAGAAGUAACUCGAGAAGAUCUCGCUCCCGUGAUCACAGGCGUGAUAGUUCUCGUGAUAGGCGAAGUAAAUUUGAAAGGCACCGUUCAAAAAGUGGUAGUGGGUCUGAUUCUUCAGUUGAACGUAAAAAAAAGCAAGAAAAGGAUAUUGAUAAUAAAAAGCAGACUGUUAAAGAAAAAAUAGAUCUUUUACUUCAAAAAAAAGCUAACGAAGAAAAAAAUGUCGACAUAGCCAAUAAUAGUGUAAACUCAGAAAAGAUGAAUCCUGUUGAAUUCGACCAAAUAAAACAAACUCCAGAUGUUGUUAAUCCUGUUGUAACAAAAGAAAACGAUCAUGAUGAUUUAAUUAUGAAUGAACCUAUGGAUUUAGCAGAUAGUCCGGUUCAUAUUGAAUGCAUUGAUCAAAUUCCUUUACCAUCUUCUCCUCCACCAUUGUCAUCGUAUCCUGUAGUUACAUAUCCGGCUGCAAAAGACAAUAUCUCAUCUGGAGAAUGUUUUUCAGAUAAAAUUAAUGAAGCCGAAACUUUAUCCAAAAAUAAAUGUUCAGCUGGUGAGCUUAAUGACAGUGCUGACAUUAUGGAGAAUAAUAAUCAUAAACAUGGCAGUGACUUUAUUGCUACACCGAUCAAAGACGAUAAAUUGGCGCGCCAUUUUGAAGAAAUGAAGUCUAAUGUUAAAGAUGUAGAUUAUCAAGUUGAUAAUUUUCAAACCACCAUCUCAGUAAAAAUAGACGAUACAGUUUCUCAUACAAGUUCUCAUGCAAGUCAUGAAAGUGAUGACAACGAUAUAUACGCAGACUUAAUCCUUCCAUCCGAAAAGCUUGAGUCGUCUCCGGAAAAGCAAAUCAAAACUCUGCCAGUCAAGUCCAAAAAUGAUUCUAAGGAUUGUACGCCUGUUAAGAGUAAAAGUAAGAUUUCGACGAAAAAGCGUAAAUCAAGCAGCGACAGUGGCACAGAUGAUGACCACAAGAAAGAACUUAAGCGUAAAGAGAAGAAAAAGAAAUAUCGACGGGGACACAAGAAUAGUGACAGUGAUAGUGAAUCAAAGGAAAUUCAAAGCGACUUAAGCGAAAGUGACAGUGGUAGUGUUGAAAGGAGUCGACAUCAUAAAAAGAAAACACGACGUGAUUCAGAUUUUUCAGCUGACGAAUCUAAGAUUAAAAAGAAGGAUAGAAAAAAAAGAAAGAUAAAGAAAAAAAGUUCAGACGAUAGUGACACGGAAAACGAAAUAAAAAGUUCUCGUAAAAAAAAAAGUUCCAGGAAGAGAACUUUUUCUCCAGAAGAAAGAGACAAAAAGCAACUAAAGAAAAAAAAGUCAAAAAAGCCGGCUGCUGAUACGGAUUAAGCAUCUCUUGGUUUAUUUAGUAACACACGGGGCUGGAUUUAACCGCAUUGGCAUUUAACGAAAUUAAUGAUAACGAUAAAAAACAUUGAGGCUCACGUUUGAUAAAUGUUACUUUUAUAGUAUUUGAUUUUUAAAAAUUGAGUUUUAAGCAAUAGUUUUGAGCUCUAAACGAAUAGAUAUGAUUUAUAAUAUUUUGGAAAUGUUAAAAACUGGCUAUUUUUGCA